AUGAAACUGGCCCAAGUUACCACAGUGAGCAAGGCAGUGGCCGGCAACAACGGAUUCCGCUUCUUCGUCCAGUUCAACGCGGACGCCCCGCUGGUACAGGCGACCAAUGAGAAGCUCAAUUCGGGCGCGCUGGCCCUUGGCGACGCCGAAUCCACCUCCUUCGUCCCUAGACGUGGCCUCCUCUGCGCCGCUCGCUUUUCCGUGGACAAUCUCUGGUAUCGAGCUCGCGUCACCCGUGUUGUCAAAAAACAAGUCACCGUGCUGUUCAUCGAUUUUGGCAACGAGGAGACCAUA